AUGGCGUCCGAGCAUGAUUCAAAUAGCAAGAAGAUCAUCAUUCUCGGUGGUUCUUAUGGCGGCGUCUCCAUUGCCCACUACCUACUGAAGCAUGCUCUGCCAGUCCUUCCACCAAAGCAGGAAUACAAGAUCGUAAUAGUCAGCGCAGCCUCAAAGGCAAUUUGCAGGCAGGCCUGUCCUCGCGCCUUGAUUUCAGACAACUACUUUCCUCAAGACAAGCUCUUCGUCAGCAUACCAAGCCAAUUCGAGCGAUAUUCUACACACCACUUUGAAUUCAUCCACGGUUCAGCAACGGCUGUUAAUCAUGAACAGCGCAGGGUUACCAUCGCGCCAGCCGCAAGCAGUCAAACACUUACAGUCGCCUUUCACGCUCUUGUCAUCGCUACGGGUGCCUCUACACCAUCUCCCUUAUUUGGAUUCAAUGCCAACGAUGAGAAGGCUCUUCGUGAGGCAUGGGCUGAAUUCCGCAGUGGACUGGAAACGGCAAAGAGUAUUAUUAUUGCUGGUGGAGGGCCAUCCGGCGUGGAGACUGCAGGCGAGUUGGGCGAGCAUCUCAAUGGUCGUGCUGGGAUUUUCAGCUCAAAGCUCCAAAGCCCGAAAAUUCCGAUCACCUUGGUGACUUCGUCUGCGAACAUACUUCCCUACCUCAGGUCAUCGAUUGCACAGACUGCCGAGGACUACCUGGCUAAGGUGGGUGUUACCGUCGUCAAGAACAGAAAAGUUCUCAGCGUGGCUCCAAACAACGCUGGAGCACGCUUGAACCAGGUUGCGUCUAGAACAACCCUCGAGCUCAGCGAUGGUACCACUCUAGAAGCCGACCUCUUUAUUCCAGCUACUGGCUUCAGCCCGAAUACGAAAUUCCUCUCUGAGGAUAUACUAGACCCAUCUACUAGCCAAGUGGAAACCAAUUCAUCCACUCUUCGCGUCGACAAAGCCGGCCCUAGAAUCUACGCCAUCGGCGACGUUUCCAACUAUGCUCGACCUGCGGUACACAGCAUUAUGGAAGCCGUACCAAUCCUUGGCACGAACAUCAAGCGUGACCUCUUACUUGCUGCUGGCAAAGCGGAAGGUGAAGUACCUGCAGAGAAGGCGUUUAAGGAGGAGAAGAGAGAGACACAAUUAGUACCGAUUGGAAGAUCGAAGGGCGUAGGAGCGGCGAUGGGAUGGCGUCUUCCGUCGUGGGCUAUCUGGUUGCUCAAGGGACGUGACUACUGGCUUUGGACAGUGGGACCGUUCACGACCGUUGAUGUCUUCACCAAAACACGCUACGUGGGCAAUCCACUCGGCGUAGUCCGCGUUCCGGCGUCCCUCCGCUCUCGACUGUCCGAGCAUCAGAAACAAAGAAUCGCCAACGAGUUCAAUCUUUCCGAAAUAACAUUUCUGCAUGAGCCUACACCAGAAGAACCUGAAAUCGCCGACUAUGACAUCUUCACCGCGCUAUCGCGAAUGACAUUUGCAGGCCAUCCUACCAUUGGAACAAGCAUAUACGUUGCCGCGCAUGCGAACGCAUACCCAAAUGUUAAGAAGCUCCGUACCAUUGCGGGAAUCAUUCCUUUCGAGUUCAACAAGGAAUUAGGCACGUCAACCGUCGGUAUCCCUCACGACGUGUACUUUCACAAGGAGCACCUUCUUCCACACCCGUUUCCGGAGUUGAACGGCUCAGAAUCAUCAAACGUGCCUUUGGUAUCCAUAGUCAAGGGUAUGGCGUUCAACCUCAUCCGCAUGAAAGACUUGGAGGCCCUAGCCGUUCCCACAGCAGGCCUGCUACCAUUGGCGGAGCUUUACAAGGGCGAGCACCUCGAUAAGGGCAGCGGCUGGGAUACUGGCUAUACAGGCAGCUUCUACUAUACUGACCUAGGCUACAACGAUGAGGAGCCGGGGGUGCGACAGCUGCGCACUCGUAGUUUGGGCAGUAGGGAGGAUCCGGGAACGGGAAGUGCAAGUUGCGAUCUUGCCGCCUAUCUUAGUCUGACCGAAAAAGGAGGAAGGAAGAGAAAAUUUCAUCUGACUCAAGGCAUCGAGAUGGGACGUAGGUGCGAUAUUCAUGUGCAAGUCUUGUUGAAGGAAGACGGAAAGGAGGUUGAGGAUUUGAAGAUGAGUGGGGCGGCCGUGGAGGUCAUGGAGGGGUUCUUGACGGUGGGUGAAUAG